AUCCCAGGUGCAGUCUCCCGGCUGACCUGUCCUACCCAGCCUGACUACCCUGGCGCAUCUGCAUUGCUGAGCCCCCUACCUUCAAUGAAUGAGGUCAGACUGGGGGAGACAGGCUGAACAGGGUAGCUGCCUCAAGACACGUGUACACGGGUAUGUCUGACUGUGUAGCCGUGUCAGGGUAGCCAUGCGCUUGCGUGGGCUGAGUAUGUGUGUGUGUGUUCAUGAGGGGGGGCCGGGGUUCCCAGGGCCCAGGGAUCUGGAUGGAAUUAGGGGCUGGCCGGGGCGGGGGGCCAGGAUGGGGGGUGGGGGGGCUGCAGCAGGAAACGCGAGCUGCUCUCAUUAGCUCCUCACGUGCUCAGCCGGAUUUAUAAACACAGGGGAAGACGGGGAUGUAAACAAUCAGUGGGCAGCAGCCAGAGGCAGAGCUGGGGCGGGGGCUGGGCUGGGGGCCAGGACUGGGGGAGGGGGCCCAGGACACACAGCCCCCGGUGGCACGUCCACCUGCACGCCAUGAGCCUGGAGAGGAGGAUGGACGUGAGGGCUCCAGGGUGCCCGCCGCGCUUGCCCUCCUGGGGACACAGGCAAGCAGCGAGCUGUGCUGAGUUCUGACUAAAUCACAGGUGUUCUCUGCCCUAGACGGCUUUCAGUUUUGCUGCCUAAGAUAUGGGACAUCUUGCCCAGAGUGGAGGCUGUCCUGGUAGAGGGUAGAGCCCUGUCGCCUUACUCAUCUCCUGGCCUCUUCUCCCUCUGGAUUUCUGAGGCUCCUUCCCUCUUUCUGGUUCUCUCCAUGGGUCGAUCCCUCAGCUUUUCACCGCCCCCCCUGCCCCCUGCCCCCCGCCGCGGGCCUUCAGUGACACAGUUACCUCAGAACUGAAAUAUUCCUGGAAACACUGGCCUCGUCUGGUUAAUUUCAUGAGCCGUUUUUCUGCCCAGAUGACUUCGCUCUUGUUUUUCCAAAGGCUUCUCCCCUUGCUGUCCCUGUGUAGGGAGCCAGUCCUCCCCAGGGAUGUCCCACAGGGCCCAGAGGGGAGGAGGAGAACAAGGUCCAGAGCUGGGUUCCUGACCCCCCUCCCCUACCCCACCCCACCUGCUGUGGGCCAGGCAGAGCCCAGUCCCAGAACUCUGGCUAGCGGGGCUGCCCGGAGCCGGGUGGGGUAAAAGGCGAGCCUAGCUCUCAACUGCUGCUUCAGCUGGGACCCUCAGCCUUGCCACUAACUGCGAGAAGAAACCAGACUCAAUCCUGAAAGCUACCUCAAGGCUGGAAGGGCCGCCGCCCACCUCAGCAAGUCUCCAGCCUCCGAAACUAACCCCGCAUUGUACCUAUAGGAUCCUGGGGCUGAAUCAGCCAGACAGCCAGGCUGAGGGUAGCAGAGGAGAAGGGCCUGGGGUUGUGUUGGGGUUUGAAGAAUGAGGAAUAGAAAGAAACUCAAAGAGUCGACAAGAGCUAGGGGUGGAAAGGAGGAAUGAGAAAAGGACCAUUUGGGAGGGAAGGCGCAGGCUGCAGAUGGGGAAGAAGGAAAAGGGGAGCCUGUCUCCCUAGGGAGCGGUUAUGAGCCUGAUCCUACUCUCUGUCCUAAAACACACAUGGGUGGGGCACGCGUACGUGUGCGUGCACGCACACACACACAUACACACACACACACACUCUCAAAGCAAGAGCCCUUCACCUGAGAAGGCGGGGUCCCUGAGACUAGAGGCACCCCCGCUACCACGCUCCAUCAGUGAAGCCAGCCAGUAAAGCAUCUGAAAGAGCCAGGACUGACCAGCUGGGCCAUUGCAAAAGUUCCCACCUGAGCCCUGCACUCUGGGACUCGUGGGGGAUGCUCGCAUGCCUGUGCACCGUGCUCUGGCACCUCCCUGCAGUGCCAGCCCUCAACCGCACAGGGGACCCGGGGCCUGGCCCCUCCAUCCAGAAAACCUAUGACCUCACCCGCUACCUAGAGCACCAGCUCCGCAGCUUGGCUGGGACCUAUCUGAACUACUUGGGCCCCCCUUUCAACGAGCCUGACUUCAACCCACCUCGGCUGGGGGCAGAAACUCUGCCCAGGGCCACUGUCAACCUGGAGGUGUGGCGAAGCCUCAACGACAAACUGCGGCUGACCCAGAACUACGAGGCCUACAGCCACCUCCUGUGCUACUUGCGUGGCCUCAACCGCCAGGCCGCCACGGCCGAGCUGCGCCGCAGCCUGGCCCACUUCUGCACCAGCCUCCAGGGCCUGCUGGGCAGCAUCGCGGGCGUCAUGGCAGCUCUGGGCUACCCGCUGCCCCAGCCUCUGCCCGGGACUGAGCCCACCUGGGCCCCUGGCCCUGCCCACAGUGACUUCCUCCAGAAGAUGGACGACUUCUGGCUGCUGAAGGAGCUGCAGACCUGGCUGUGGCGCUCGGCCAAGGACUUCAACCGGCUCAAGAAGAAGAUGCAGCCUCCGGCAGCUUCGGUCACCCUGCACCUGGAGGCCCAUGGCUUCUGAUCUCUGACCUUUACCACCUUCUCUUUCCCCUCCCCCUUCAAACCCUGCUCCCAUUCUGGGAGGGAGAAAUGCGUACGCCAACACCUGUUGAGCCAGGAGACAGAAGCCAUGAGCCUGUAGCCCUCCCUGGACUUGGAGGAGGGUGUGAUGCAAUAAGGCCCAUCCCCUCCCUGCUUCCCUAAGUCCUACGGGUCUGGGGAAGAGGUGCAAUAGGCCCCAUCCCAUUUCCACAGGACAUGAUGCUCAAGGGAGCCCAAAGUGGUCUGAGCUGGUGCAAGGCUCUCACAGCUUCCUGCUUCCUGCCCACCACUUGCCAGUGCCCACCCAGCCCCUCAAGUGGCACUUGCAGGAAGCGUGCCUGUAGGGCAGGGAGGGGACCACCAUCGCAUGUGCCUUUCUGGGGUGAAGCCCUUUGGCUGCCCCACUCUCCUUGGAUGGGUGUUGCUCCCCUACCCCCAAAUAACUCAAUACAUCCAAUUCAGGAAACAAACACAGUGGCAAGUCCAAACAGGAGGAGGUGGGAUUUAAAAUGGAAGAGGUGGGGUCUGCAUGGGAGGUCAUACUGAAAGCAGAGGGGCAGGGACAGACAGGAUCCAGAGGCCACCAAGGCAAUCGGUGGCACAGGGUGGCAACCGAAAGGACAUUGCUUUGACUUUUCUUGCCAGCUUCAGGGUGCCUCCUCUCAGCCCCCUUUCCCAGGGUAUCUGUGGGUUGCCCGGGCUGGGGAGGGCAACCAUAGCCACAGCCACAGAAUUUCCUGAAAGUUUACAUUGCAGUAGCAUUUCGGGGUGCGGGGGGGCAGCUCCCCCAGGCCCUGCCCCCCAGCCCCGCCCACUCAUGACUCUAAGUUUGUUGUAUUAAUAUUUAUUUAUUUGGAGAUGUUAUUUAUUAGAUGAUAUUUAUUGCAGAAUUUCUAUUCUUGUAUUAACAAAUAAAAUGCUUGCCCCAGAA